CGCAGAGCUGCGCGAAUGUCGGUUCAGUCUAUCCCGACCUGCAGGUUAAAGUGCUGGGAUAAACCUCCUUGUUCGAUCCAUAACCGAGGCUGGCUUCAUUGAGCAUAUACUCAUAUCAACCAUGACUGACCAGCAUGGAACUUUCUUGUUCAAACCUGUGGUCCUGGCCACGAAUCCUCGGCCGACAGGUCAAAAGAGUCAGCCACAUGCACGGCAGAUUAAAAGCCGGUCAGGAUGCGAGCCAUGUAAGCGGCGGCGUGUGAAAUGUGACGAAACACAGCCGUGCUGUCGACGUUGCCAGGCCCGCAAAGAGACGUGCACAGGCAACUUCCAAUCCGACACCUGGCAGACUGAGCGUCCGUGGCUUUCAGCGGUGUCUCAUAAUGGGCAGUCUGCUCCAAUGCUCCCUUAUUCUUCCGCAAUUUCCACUUCGCUUAGUACAGCCAAUUCGUAUGGCGAGCCCACGGGGAUCUUGGAGAAUGACCUUUUACGGCACUGGUUCAGUCACGUCUGUCUGACAAUGGCAAUUGUGCCCCCUCCACUCAACCCCCUAUCUUAUGGGAUGGCACCUUAUCUUCGCCAGUCCAAGGCACUGCGGCACACCAUGCAAUGUGUCAGUCAAGCUCACCGACAGUUCUUUUGUGAGGGCCGACUUGCUGAGAUCCUGGAGGAGCGGGGCCGCGCCCUCGUGUCCCUGCAGAAUGAAAUUGACCGGGCUCUGAAGCGUAGUCCAUUAUCGCAGGCGUCGUUACUCCGCACCAUUCUGCUCUCCUCCCUGCUUCUGGGAAUAUCGUCCGGCUGGAUGAUUGAUGACGACUACGGACUGCAAUAUUUGGACGGUGCACGGACAGUCAUCUCCGUUCUCCUGGAACGAGGUGGCCCAACCGAUGAUUUCUUGCGAUAUCUGCUUGGCUUAUACAUCUAUUGGGAAGUGUUCUCCUCAUAUAUAGAGGCCAACCACACAUCUGCCACCACUGCAGACCUCGUCUCCAGGGUGGCACGUCAGCACCUUGCGGGCUACGUUCACCCGGUGAAUGGCUUCGCCACAAGUAUCUGCCCGAUUCUGAUCGAGGUCGGGCGAUAUUACCGUUGGGUAAUAGAACUCUCCGCCAUGGCAGGUGACCCCGUCCAUGAAUUGCAGCUCGAAGCCAAGCUCCAAAACUGGUCAGUGGAGGAGGAAUUUCCGUCUUCCGUAAAGUCCUCGUCCUCUGAAGCAAACAACGUGGACCAAUCUGUUCUGCGCCUGCUAGCAAAUUCGCAACGUGCCAUGGGGGUGAUCAUGCUAUACCAGGCACGGUCAGUGGCUCAAGGGGUACAUCCGGGAGACUUUGCGCCCCUGCGAGAGGCCGUAGAAAUUGUGAUGACGAUGCUGCAGGUUAUUCCCUCCGACAGUCCGCUUCUCAACUCCGUGGGCCCACUCCUCGUCAUUGCGGGCUCUGAGCUACUUGAAAGCGAUACGGAAUACCGUGCACUGGUGGAGUAUCAUGCCGCUCAGGUGACGCAGUACACUCGUGUAAGAGCCUAUUUUACUGGAUUCCAGCUCGUCCGGGAUAUUUGGGAAUGUCGUGCAGCUGGGGAGCGGACUACCUGGUUGGAGUUGAUGCUAGAAAAGGGGAAAAACCUGUCACUGGUUUGAAUUCUGUAUGCUGUCUACUUUCAUUUCAUUUCAUUCCAGCGUGAAAUACAAAGUAUCAUUCACAAAAUAGUCGACCUCAAUCCGAU